GGGAGCUUUGCCGUUUCUAAAAGGACGUAUUUCGGGGGUUUUGGAGACUUCAUUUUUUUCCCACCCCCAUACUGCUAAACAAGGAUGAGGGCGCGAUUUGCUUGUUGUGGUAAGGUUCUCAAAAACCGACUCAGAUUAAGUCUGAGGCCGUUAACAUCAACAGUGAAGACAAACCCAGCCUGCCUCUCUCCUUCCACACUGAGUCCAAACCUACAGUCACUGGGUCCUGAUUGUUACAGUGGAGCCCAGUUUGCACUGCAGGAUCCAGAGAUGGCAUCAGUGAAGCUGGAAGACUGCAGUCAAACACUGGAGCUGAAUGUCAACAUUAAAGAUGAAGAAGUGGAGGAGAAGAUUAGGACAACUGUUAGUCAUGGAUACCAUGUGGAGACAUUCUCUACAUCCAGAGAUCAACAGCAGGAAGAUCAGAGAGCUAAGAGGUCUCAUCACUGCCCACAUUGUGAAGAGAUUUUCCAAUUUCUAUCAAAGCUAAAAAUACACCUAAAAAUACACACAGGAGAGAAGCCUUAUUCCUGCUCCGACUGUGGUAAAUGCUUCAAAACAACAACUCAGCUAAAACUUCAUCGGAGAACACACACAGGAGAGAAGCCUUAUUACUGCUCUGACUGUGGAAAACGUUUUAAAACAUCAACUCAGCUAAAAGUUCAUCAGAGAACACACACAGGAGAGAAGCCUUUCUUCUGCUCUAACUGUGGGGCGAGUUUCUCUCAUCUGGGCACCUUAAAAGCACACCAACGUAUACACACAGGAGAGAAGCCUUACGUCUGCUCUGACUGUGGAACUAGUUUCUCUCAAUUUUCCCACUUAAAAACACAUGAACGUGUACAUAUAGGAGCGAAGCCUUACGUCUGCUCUGACUGUAGAAAAUGCUUCACAACAUCAACUGAUCUAAAAGUUCAUCAGAGAACACACACAGGAGAGAAGCCUUAUUCCUGCUCUGACUGUGGAAAAUGUUUUAAAACAUCAAAUGAACUAAAAGUUCACCAGAGAACACACACAGGAGAGAAGCCUUACGUCUGCUCUGACUGUGGAAAGAGUUUCUCCCAAUUGUAUACCUUAAAAACCCAUGAACGUAUACAUUCAGGGGAGAAGCCUUACUCCUGCUCUGGCUGUGUAAAAUAUUUCAAAACGUCAACUGAGCUAAAAGUUCAUCAGAGAACACACACAGGAGAGAAGCCGUAUUACUGCUCUGACUGUGGAAAAUAUUUCAAAACAUUAAAUGAGCUAAAAGUUCACAGGAGAACACAUACAGGAGAGAAGCCCUUCUUCUGCCCUGACUGUGGAACUAGUUUCUCUCAACUUUCCCACUUAAAAUCACAUGAACGUAUACAUACAGGGGAGAAGCCAUACUCCUGCUCUGACUGUGGAAAAUGUUUUAAAACAUUAUAUGAGCUAAAAGUUCAUCAGAGAACACACACAGGAAAGAAGCCUUACGUCUGCUCUGACUGUGGAAAGUGCUUCACAACAUCAACUGAUAUAAAAGUUCAUCAGAGAACACACUCAGGAGAGAAGCCUUACAUUUGCUUAGACUGUGGAAAGAGUUUCUCUCAACUUUCCCACUUAAAAUCACAUGAACGUAUACAUACAGGGGAGAAGCCAUACUCCUGCUCUAACUGUGGAAAAUGCUUCAAAACAUCAACUGUGCUAACAGUUCAUCAGAGAACACACACAGGAGAGAAGCCUUAUCACUGCUCUGACUGUGUAAAAUGCUUCACAACAUCAGCUAAGCUAAAAGCUCAUCAGAGAACACACACAGGAGAAAAGCCUUACUCCUGUCCUGACUGUGGUGUGAGUUUCUCUCGACUUGAUACUUUAAAAACACACCAACAUAUACAUUAAGGAGAGAAGCCAUACUCCUGCUCUGCCUGUGUAAAAUGCUUCAAAACUGCAAAUGAGCUAAUAGUUCAUCAGCGACCACAUGCACGAGAGAAGCCUGCUUACGUCUGCUCUGACUUUUGGGUGAGUUUCUCUCACCAUAGCAACUUAACACACCAGUGUAAACACACAGGAGAGAUGCCUUACCUCUGCUCUGUGGAAUGGUGGGCGUGUAACUCUAACUUCUAGCCAAAGUUUGAGUGUUUGAAUCUCAUCAAGGAGGACUUUAGCAUUUGAGCUAAUUAGUAACUUUGCAACUACUUACUACUUUUUAGCUAUUACUUAUCAUGUUAGCUUAGCAUGCAGCUACUUAGCAUGUUUGCUAACCUUUCCCCUAAACCCAUUUAACUCUACCUUAAACCCCUCACCUAGCUAACGUUAGCAACAACAAAUUGGAAUUCGAAACAUAUCAUACAUCUUACAAGUUUGCAACAUAUUGUAUGAAUAACAAUGUGUAAAAUAACAUACAUUUUAAUUCUUAACGUACGAUACGUCCUACAAGUCGUAUUAUACUGAACAACAAUCUCAACGCAACAAUUUCAAAUAUUUACAGGUUGUAUAAGGAAAUCAGUCAAUUUAAGUCAAUGAGACCCAAAUCUAUGGAUUUCACAUGACUGGGAAGGGGCUCAGCCAUGGGUGGGACUUGGGAGGGCAUGGGCCCACUUGGGAGCCAGGCCCAGCCAAUAAGAAAUAGUUUUUCCCCACAAAGGUCUUUAUUACAGAAAUACAUUUUAUUCAGCACCACCCCCCCCCCCACCCCCCCCCACCCCCAGACAUUCCUGCAGGUGAAGAGGUCCUGGGCUGCCGUGGUUUCAUGUGAUCUGCAGUUGUGAGGCCGGUUGGAUGUCCUGCCAAAUUCUCUAAAAGGACGUUAGAGGAGACUUAUGGUAGAGAUAUAAAUAGUUCUCUGGCAACAGCUCUGGUGGACAUUCCUGCAUUCAUCAUGACAAUUGCACAUUCCCUAAAUUUGAGAUUUGAGACAUCUGUGACAUUGUGUUGUGUGGCCUUUUAUUGUCCCCAGCACAAGGUGCACCUGUGUAAUGAUAAUGCUGUUUUAUCGGCAUCUUGAUAUGCCACACCUGUCAGGUGGAUGGAUUAUCUUGACAAAGGCGGAAAUGCUCACUAACAGGGAUAUUAACAAUGUUGUGCACGACAUUUGAGAGACAUUAGUUUUUUGUGCAUAUAGAACAUUACUGGAUUUUUUUUGUUUCAGCUCAUGAAACCAACAAAUACAUGUUUAGUUUAUAUAUUGGUAAUCAAACAUACUAAAUGGAGUGGUACGGAUGUUUAUUUUGUAUAAUAUAAUACAUUUUGCUCUGAGACCAGGUUGUCCCUCUGCAGUAUUCUGUGGGAAGGAGCUAGUAUACACUUUUUUUAUUGAACUAGGCAAGUCAGUUAAGAACAAAUUCUUAUUUACAAUGAUGGCCUAGGAACAGUGGGUUAACUACCUUGUUCAGAGUCAGAACAACAGAUUUUUACCUUGUCAGCUCAGGGAUUCGAUCUAGUAACCUUUUGGUUACCAGCUCAAUGCUCUAACCACUAGGCUACCUUCAGCCCCUAACAUGUAUCAGAUAGAGAUGGUAUGAUGAUCACUUUUCACCACAAGUUUGGGGGGGGGGGGGGGGAUUGUUUUACAACUUUAUUUAAUGAUACACAGUUUAUGAAAUGAAUACAUGUGUUUAUUAAUUGUCUUUAAAACUAGAUGAGUUAUUUUAGUUACUGAUCAUGAAUGUGUUUGGAUAACUGCAUUGAAGCAAACUUUAUUGAUCUGCCAAUGAAAAAUAAAGUUACAUGAAUAU